AUGGGUUCGGUCUCAAACGAAAUCGUCAACUGCCUCUUCUUCGGCACCGAGUCUGAAGACGCAGCAAACUUCUACGUCUCCAUUUUCCCCAACUCCAAGAUCAAGGCCAUCGCACGCUUCCCAGACUUGGGCGAUGGAAACCCCAACCCAUCACACAAACCGGGCUCCGUGCUGACCGUCAACUUCACUUUGAACGGCAAGGAAUUCACCGCGCUGAAUUCAAAGCCGUCGUCUAUCCAGUUCAACGAGUCUGUCAGCUUUCAGAUCAUGUGUGACACGCAGGAGGAGGUCGACCAUUACUGGGACAAGUUGAGCGAAGGAGGGGAUCCUAAGACCCAGAUGUGCGGCUGGUUGAAGGACAAGUUUGGGGUCAGCUGGCAGGUGGUGCCGAAACUGUUGCCCGAGAUCUUCAGUACAGGUGAUCCUGAGAAGUCGGCGAGGUCCAUGAAGGCGUUCUCAGCCAUGAAGAAGAUAAAUAUUCAGGCGGUUCGUGAUGCUGCUGAAGGGAAAGGCUCUUAG